UCGUUAUUUAUAGGCUAAAAAUUAUUUGACUUAUCACUGAUAAAGUAUGUUUACUUUGGGGAAAUUUCUUAUUCUGAUUUUACAAACUGUGAAGUUUUAAAAAUGUGAAAUGAAACGAGUUGAAGACUUGUACAAUGUGGAGGAGGUAAUCUUAAUAAAAUAAGCUUUAAUUGAUUGGUUAUCUCUCUAAAUAGUCUACUUCAAUCAAUUUCUCUCGAAUAAGCAUUCAAAGGUCAAGUUCUGAAAAGUGUCGAAAAUAUCAACGAUGUGCGUCGCAUUUAAUUAGAUAAACUACACAGUUGACUUAUGAAAAGUUGUCAGAGAUUUGACAUUUAUUUAAAGCUUUUCCUGCUAUCAUGUCCCGAUAUGAUAAAAUUCUUUUGUUUCUCACCGUCAUACCCAUCUUAUCUGUUAUUUACUUGUUUGACUUUAUUGAAUUAAUUCUCAUAGAUAAAUUCACAGAUCGUUUGUAAUUUCAUUAAACUUUGUAAACGUCAUUUGCACGAAAUAACACAAAACUGAUCCAUUUGUCUGUUACUCACAAACACACACUUUUAACGUGACC